CAUUAGCUGAUGCGCUCUGCUGGCCGACAUCAGCAACACCGAUAUCCCCUCGUGCUUCUACGUUUCUACUACUGCUUUACGGGGCGAGUUCGGCUGACUGACCGUAGCCACUGAUCAGUCGUCAUCGACCAUCGGUCGUGAACAUCUACACCGCUCCCGUUGCGACGCAUUGGUGAUUGCUGGAAGAUAUGCACCUCGUGAGCUCCUAGUGUUUUAGCAACGUACAUAGCACGUAUAAACAUCUUUAGCUCGCAGCGGUAACAUUAACGAUGUUGGCGCGCGAUUUGUGCUGAUGCUCGAGUGAAUCGCAAUUGGCUGUCCGAUUGUCCAAGAAGGCCGGGAACGGCAGGCCAAAUCGAGAAGAAUGCGCCUAAUUCACUCGAGAAGAUCGAGGAGCUACGUGACGGACGAUGGCGUCGCUCAGGUUGCUCGUAGCGGGGGCGAGUGCUGUUGGUGCCGGUACUCUCACCACGUACCUACUUUUAUCGGAUAACACGGUACAUGCCGAGAAGGUGAAGCCAAGACCACCUCGGAGGACGUUACCGACACGGGAGGAUCAAGUGAAGACGCUUAAAUCACAGGAUUAUGACGUACUGAUAAUCGGUGGCGGUGCAACGGGGGCGGGAUGCGCUUUGGACGCUUGCACACGAGGUUUAAAGACCGCGUUGGUCGAAGCCGACGACUUCGCGUCCGGCACUUCGUCCCGAAGUACCAAAUUGAUUCACGGUGGCGUACGGUACCUACAGAAGGCGAUCAUGCAAGUGGACAUCGAGCAGUACAGAAUGGUAAAAGAGGCACUUCACGAGCGCGCCUCGAUGCUGGAGAGCGCGCCGCACCUGGCACAUCCAUUGCCCAUCAUGCUGCCGGUUUACACGUGGUGGCAGAUUCCGUACUACUGGUUCGGCAUCAAGAUGUACGACUUGGUGGCAGGUAGCAAAACGGUCAAGUCUUCCUACUACUUGAGUAAAGCAAAUGCUCUGGAGCUCUUCCCAAUGUUGAAAGGCGACAAGCUAAGGGGCGCUAUUGUUUAUUAUGAUGGUCAACAAGACGACGCUAGGAUGAAUUUGGCGGUCGCCUUGACAGCUUCGAGACACGGCGCAACCGUCGUAAAUCACGUGAAAGUAGUCAAUCUAUUAAAAGGCCUCGAUAGGGACGGCAAACGAGUCCUCGUGGGAGCUCAUCUCAAAGACGAACUCACGGGAGAGGAAUGGGACGUGAAAGCUAAAGCGAUAAUUAAUGCGACUGGUCCUUUCACCGAUCACAUCAGGAAGAUGGACGACCAAGACGUCAAGCCAAUUUGCUGCCCAUCUUCCGGAGUUCACAUAGUACUGCCAGGAUAUUACAGCCCCGAUCAGAUGGGUCUGCUCGAUCCAGCGACGAGCGACGGUCGGGUGAUCUUCUUCUUGCCGUGGCAGAAGCAAACCAUCGCGGGGACGACCGAUUUACCGUGCGAGGUCACGCAUAAUCCUCGACCUACGGAAGAUGAGAUCAUGUUCAUCCUGCAAGAAGUCAAAAACUACCUGAACCCGGACGUCGAGGUGCGUCGUGGAGACGUUCUCUCCGCAUGGAGCGGUAUCAGACCGCUCGUCUCCGAUCCGAACAAACCGAACACGCAAUCGCUCGCUAGGAAUCACAUAGUACACGUCAGUUCUACGAAUCUCGUCACGAUAGCUGGCGGCAAAUGGACAACUUAUCGCGCGAUGGCUCAAGAAACUAUUGACGCGGCUAUAAAAGCUUGCGACUUGCAACCGGAAAGGCCUUGUCAAACGGACGGCUUUCUUCUGGAAGGCGCUCAGGGCUGGAGCCCCACCAUGUACAUUAGAUUGGUGCAGGAUUUCGGUCUGGAGUGCGAAGUCGCGCAACACUUGUCCAAGAGUUACGGGGACCGCGCGUUUGCCGUCGCUAAAAUGGCUUCCCUUACGGGCAAACGAUGGCCAAUUAUUGGCAAGAAGAUCCAUCCGGAAUUUCCGUACAUCGACGCUGAAAUACGUUAUGGUGUACGAGAAUACGCUAGAACUGCGGUCGACAUGAUCGCACGUCGAUUAAGACUCGCUUUCCUCAACGUACAAGCGUCUCAAGAGGCGUUGCCGGUCAUUAUAGACAUCAUGGCCGAGGAGCUGCACUGGUCCGCGGAAGAGAAGAAGAAACAACAUCGCGAGGCCAGCGAGUUUCUCGCCCACGAGAUGGGCCAGAUGGUGAAUCGUGCUUCCCGCGAUAAGAUCCCGAUUAAUCUUACCAAGGAGGAGAUACAGCUCUAUAUCAAACGCUUCGGGAUUAUAGAUAAGGACAGGAAGGGAUACGUAUCCGUCAACGAUAUCAGGCGAGGGCUGAAGCUGUUCGGAGAUAAGGAAGUACCGGGUGAGGAACUUCACGAAAUUCUGCGCGAAAUCGACACCAAUAUGAAUGGUCAAGUUGAAUUGGAUGAAUAUCUUCAGAUGAUGUCCGCUAUAAAGUCUGGCCAUGUGGCGUAUUCACGUUUCGCACGGAUGGCCGAGAUGGAAGAAGCGCAACACGAGAAGGAAAUGCUCAAAAAACAGAUCAGCGUUGAGAGGUCAGGCGGAGGAUUGUAAAGGAACUUGGGAAUCAUGGGAAAAAUAUCGUAACUUAAAAUAUAUACCUUAACGUUUCAUCUCGCAUUUGAUUUGAAACACACCGCGCCACGUUAUUUAUUAUAGCAUAUCGAUUCAUUUAAUCAGCGAAUACGCUAUCGUCAAGAAAUAAAAAAAUCAAACCAUUCUCCAUGGAACGUAACUGUCACGGACAGUAUCUAAACGAAUGCAUUGAUUUGCAGAAAAAUUUUAUGCAAGAAUUCGCAGCACUGAAACCGAAGUUUCAUUGUUGACUUUUGUAAAGGGUAAAAUGACGUACGCUGUAAAGAAGAAAUUCAAAUUCCAAGUUUACAGUUUUGUGCAUGUAUUAUUCAGCUGUAACAUUUGUAUCGUGUACAAAUUGCGGAGCACUGGCAUUCUUUCUAUUUGUACAUAUAGCUGACGUUAAUACGUUGGAAUUAUAAUUGUACUUUACUCUUGUAUACUAAAAGUAUACUCUGUGUAAUGUAACAUAGCAAUUUUAUCAUUCUAAAUUAUCCUACAUUGUAUUUGUAUAGUAUUACAAUUGUGCAUUAUGUAUUAUUUUAUUUAAAAACAACUGUUCUCUCUUCAAUGUGUUAUUAAUGUAUAUAUAUAUAUAUAUAUGUGUAAAGAUGUUUUGAAUACAUAAUAUAAAAAGAUUUCGUUAUACUUUGAAUUGGAUUGUAACUUAUCUGUACUAAAUCCAUCGUUACAGAUGCACGCUGAUAUUGUACAAACUAUAAAUAUUGUGAAACGUCAUCUAAUUUAUUAUAACUGUAAAAUGGCUAUGUUGAUCAGUAUUUGUCUUGUAAUCUAUCUCAUCAUUGCUCAUGUCAUGUCAAUAAAGCCAAUGGCGAAUGACUGA